AUAGUAGUACAGUAGUCACUCAUAGUAGUAGAGUAGUGCAAUAAUUAGGAACUGGACCAGGGUGCAGGGUGUGAGAGAGGACUAACAUGAGGCUGUCGGUUGUUCUAGAAAGACUAAUACUUAUUGUACUACUAUACUCCUACUACUCUCACCUCAACCACACCCACAACCACAGCCACAGCCUCAACCUCAAACUCAACCAGCUUCUGCAUCAAUUUUAACCCACCUGUUCCUUUUUUGUGCAUAUAUUGCCAUGGAUUUUUCUGCCCUUUAUUAUUGGAUGGCUGCUGGGAAACACUAAAACAAAAUCUCCAUUUUCUCUCACUUCUCAAAUUAACAUAUCCCAUCUUUUUCAUCUACAUAUAUUUAUAUAUAUAUAUAUUACUUAUAUCUAAUCUCACUUUCUCUUUCUCUCUCUCUCUUUAUGUAUUUAUUUAUAUAUAUGAUCUCACUUUCAUCACCCUCCUUAUUAGUUUAUAUUAUAUGAAUGGUUAGUUUUUCACCAUAUUAUAUAUGAUAUAUACUCUUGCUGGUGCAAUUACAGCUUUGUCUCUUCAAAUCUACAUCUUAACUUAUCAGGUAAGAAUUUUGUUUUCGUUAUUUUCUUUUUCAUUUUUCUCCAGCUUUGGUAGGACCACUACUAGCUCUUCUGUUUGAGGCUUUGAGUGAUCGAAGUAUUAUUAUUAUUAUUAUUAUUUUUAUAAAAUAUAUAUAAAUAAUUUUGGGCAGAAUUAAUUUCAUUUUAUUUCAUCUAAAUCCAAACCCAUCAGCCAAAAUUAACACUCGCUCACGUAUAAACAAGUAAGGUUUGAAAUCAGUGGAAGAGGUUGGUGGGUUAGCACCCAAAAUGUCAUAUCAAAAUAAGGGGAAAAAAAGGAAUAUUUAUAAUCAUCCCUUUGAUUAGCUAGCUAGUCUUAUAAAUAUAUACUUAUAUUAUUUUAAAAUAUAUAUUUUUUCUUUUUCUCUUAUUUGUUUUGUAAUUAGGGUUGAGAAGAAGAUCCCCUACAUGUUUUGAGGUGGAUAUUUUACAUUAUUUUUCUUGAGUAUAAUAAUAGGGAUUUAGAAAGAGAGAGAGAGGGAGAGGGAGAGAGAGAGAGAAGUGUUUGGAAGAUGAGAAAAAUGAAACAAGGUCAAGGGCAAGGGUAGCUAUAAUAGGGUAUCGGAUUUAAUGGAAGUAAGAGAUGAGGAAUUAGAUAAAGAAAAAGGGAUGCGAAACACUACUACUUCUACUACUCUGGAUUAUAACUCACCCAAUAGGGACUCUUCUCCUGUGGGAUCAGAAAAAUUAAGCCAUGGCAAUCCCAUCAUACUCAACCCUCCUCCUCAUCAAACCCUAGCAGCCUUCCCCCAUAACCAAUAUAAUCUCUCUUAUCGACCAGUAAGCAAGCCCAGAAGUAGAAGUACUAGAGAUCAUCAUCAUCACAAUCAGGGGUCGAGCCCAGAUCCAGUCACCACUGUCAGCCCAACUUCGGCCACCCCAGUCGCUAGCGGAUCACAUCUCAAGACUACUGCUACUGCUACUGCACCAGCGAGCGCCGCCGUCGAGGGGGGCAUCAUCGUCGUCCCCGUUUCUUCUCCUCCGACAAGAUACCGCGAAUGUCUGAAGAACCACGCAGCCAGCUCUGGCCGCCAUGUCCUCGACGGCUGCGGAGAAUUCAUGCCCAGUGGAGAAGAAGGCUCUGCGGAUGCGUUGAAAUGCGCCGCCUGCGACUGCCAUAGGAAUUUCCACCGGAAAGAGAUCGACGGCGGCGAGUCUCAAUACGUUCCGGGGUAUAAAGAUAUCAACAGAAGAAACUCAAUAGUACUGCCACCCCAACAUUAUCAUCAUCUCCAUCAUCAACCUCAUCCUCAUCCUCAUCAUCACCCCUUCACAUUACAUGGCCUUUCGUCGACACCGGCGACCGGAGCGGGGCUGAUUCCGCCAGUGAUGAUGGCAUUCGGGGGCGGCGGUGGCUUGGCGGCAGAGUCUUCGAGCGAGGAUCUCAACGUGUUCCAAUCGAAUUACGGCGGCGGAGGAGGAAUAAGGGGGCAGCAGUCGUCUGAUGCGGCGGGUAAUUCUUCGAAGAAGCGGUUUCGGACUAAGUUCAAUCAAGAACAGAAGGAGAAGAUGAUGGAGUUCGCCGAGAAGUUGGGGUGGAGAAUUCAGAAGCAUGAUGAGCAAGAGGUUCAGGUGUUUUGCUCCGAUGUCGGAGUUAAACGACAGGUUUUCAAGGUUUGGAUGCAUAAUAAUAAACAAGCUAUGAAGAAGAAGGAAAUGUAAGCCAUCAUGCACAUCCCUAAACAAAAUUAUAUUAGUGUUAAUUGUUGAUUAAUUAUUCAUAAACAAAAAAAAAAGUAAACAUUUGUGAUUAUAUUAAGAUAAUUGAUCAUUUUUGUUACUGAGAAAAAAAAAUUAGAUCAAUGUUUAGAUUAAUUAGAAUCUCUCUUGUUCAUAUACUAUAUUAUAUAUCAUCUCUUGUAUUUGAUUAAUCACAUAAAUAUUUUCUCUA